AUGGGAAAGGCCAGUGGCCCCGGGGAUGCUGCUGACCAUGCACGCACCAAGGAAAUGGAAAAGAAGGUGGGAUUUGUGGUGCCCGAGGAUCAAGGCUCUGUGUUUGAGAGCAUGGGGAGCAGUGUGCUCUCCUGGCUCUCCCAGGGGCUGGAGAAGGUGAUUCCCCAGCCGGUCCAGGCCCCAGGGACACUGCAGGCACUCGGGAAGAGCUUCGAAACAAGCAUUGAUGUUCCUGAUCAGGUUUCCCUCCCCGCCUGGUGGGAUGAGCCCCCCUCGGCUGCUGGGCAGGUGACGGUCUGUUUGGCUUUUCAGACAGAGGUCCAGAUCCUCGGGGAUGAGGAAGAGGAUGCUCUGGAGAUAACCCCCUUUGAUCCAGAGGAGGAUGAAGUGGAUGGCUGUGAGCCCGAGGCCGGCUCAGAUACCGGCACGGAGUGGGCAGGAGCACGGGUGCUCAGCUGGCUGGUGCAGGGCUUUGAGAGGAUGGUGCCGCAGCCGGAGAUGCUGAAAAAGCUGGAGCCAGAGCCAAAGGAGCAGAAGUGCGAAGCCGUGGCAGGAGGCACGAAAGGCACUAAAACACAGGCAAAGUCAAAAAGCAGUGUUUCAGUCGCCCAGAGCAUCCCGGUAGCAGUGGAGCCAACAGCAGCUGAGGGGCAGCCAGAGCCGGUGGCCACCCUCAUCCCUCGGUCCCUGGCUGGGGAUGGCAGCAGGAUGUUUGCCUGGUUGGUCCAGGAGCUGGAGAAGGUGAUGCCACAGCCAGUGACCAGGGAGAAGCAGGACGCGCAGGGAGUGGCCACAGCAACUUCGAGUCCCGUGGAAGAAAGGGGCAAAGGGGCUUAGCGCCUCUGAAACAAAUGGAAAAUGAAGACCAUGGCAAGCCAGCCCUUCUUGCCACAACCAAAUGGGGUCAAACCAAGGAGAAAGUGCAGCUGGGGAGGAAAAGCAAGGGGGAAUCUGCAAAUGGUCUCUAGCUCCUUGCUACCUGGGGCGGCGGGGACCCGAGGCUGGCACAGUGAUGCCGGCUGCGUGUCCCUGGUCCCAGGGCUGUCCCAUGCUGGCUCCCUCUUGCCUCUGGGAACUGGAGCUAUUGGUUUUGCAGGAUGAUGUCUAUGAAACGGCAGCUAUAAUUUAUAGGAGGGUAGAAAAGCAUCACUCAGGACACCUUGGAGGCAGAAAGCCUCUUGCUGCAGCCUCCGAGCACUUCUGGCCCUCUCAAUGCCCCCCUAGCAUCCAAAUAUUCACCCCUGAGACCUCCAGCUGAAGCCUACAGGCUUCUUUUAGUUGACUUCUGCCUCUAAGAUGUCACAUUAUAAGGCUCCUUAAGCUCUCACCAGCUUCUUACUGCUUUUCUUCUGUUAACUGAGUGUUUUCUCCCAGCAAGUGGAAAGGGCUCUGGUUUGCAGCAGCAAAUGCAGGUGGGUGAGUUUAAUCUCUAGGUGAAUAGGUAGGAGUUAAUGGUUAAAAGUUUUUGCCUGGGCUCUCCUUAUAGGAGAAGUUACCCCAAACUCUCCCUACCCCCAACUACAGCUACUGUCUCCUGAAGCUCACAGUGCUUUGGAUGCAGCACUAACCACAGGGGCAGGAGUGUCCCAGCAGGGAAGGGAUCCCAGCGGCUGUCCCCAGCCCAGAGGAGUGUGGGCAGGCAUAGCCAGUGCAGGCACGCUGGGCUGGAUGGGGUGAGAGCCCCUACACCCCAGG